GAUACACUGUAUGUAUUUGGCAUAAAUUGAUUUUACAUGUAUCCUGAAGAAAAAAGUAUAAAGAAAAUGUUGCAUUCUCAUAUUUAUAGUUUUCAAGCGGACUAUUUAAUAUAUAAAGAAUAUUUAUAUAUUCUCUUGUAUUAUCUCAUCAAGAAAUGAUCAUUGACAAUUUAGCUGACAACUGCAGAGAAGCAAUUCACAAAAAAUAAUAUGCAAAAGUGUUGCUGAUAAAAUGUGCUAUUACUUGCUUCAAUGCUGUUUUCUCCGCCUUUAUUUACAAAGAUGUCGUCGUGUUAUAUCAAGAAUUAAAUUAGGAUAUAUUCUCCUUUUUUUUGGUAUAAUAGCAGUGUUAGAAUUUUUUGGAGCAUUUGUACAUCUAUUUGAAGUCACAUACGAUGAAAACUUUGUAUAUCCAUACGAAGGCAAUGUACAUGAGUUUGUUAAUGCAUUGCGACGUAAUGAAAAACCAGAAGUUGAGCCUAUAAAUGAAUACAAAUAUGCUUUAGUGCUAAAACAGCCACAAAAAUGUAAAGAAGAUGUGGAUCAUACACUUCGUCUUGUAUAUAUAGUAAAGUCUGCUAUAGAAAACUUUGAUAGAAGAACUGCUAUACGUAAUUCAUGGGGAAUAGAAAAAAGAUUCUUUGAUGUGCCAGCGAGAACUAUUUUCAUAGUAGGUAUGCAUCCAGAUGAUAAAAAAAUAGAAGCUAAAUUAAAGCUAGAAGCGACAAUCUAUAAAGAUAUUGUACAAGCAGAUUUCAUAGAUUCUUACUAUAAUAAUACCAUAAAAACAAUGAUGAGUUUUAAAUGGUUAGUAAAAUAUUGUCCCAAUUCAAAAUUUUAUAUGUUUGUCGAUGAUGAUAUGUAUGUGUCAGUGAAAAAUGUAGCAACAUUUAUCAGGAAUCCAACUAAUUAUCCACUUUACUUAAUGGAAUCUAGGAAAGUAUAUAGUGCACACAAAAGAGAAAUCAAAGAAUCAGAUCUGAUGGAUUAUAAAGCUCUUAGUAAUUUCAGCAAUGAAAAUGCAACAUUUAAUUUAAAAAUCAAUGAAAUGCCUUUUAAAAGUUUUAUUUAUGAAUCGAUAAAAAAUAAUAGUCAGAAAAAUAAUGUAUAUAAGAAACAAAAUAGACGAAUUAAUGAAAAUUUUAAAACAGGAAACAAACAAUUGUUUAACCUAAAUACAUCUGUGUCAAAUAGAACAAAGCGACAGCUUUUCGAUUUCGAACUACCAGAUGAUAUUAGGCUAUUUGCAGGAUUUGUAUUUAUGCGAUCUGCACCACAUCGACAUAAAUUCUCUAAAUGGUAUGUUUCAUUGAAAGAAUAUCCAUACCAUUUAUGGCCGCCAUACGUCACAGCUGGUGCAUAUAUUCUCUCUAGGGAAGCUCUUUUAGAUUUAUAUUAUACUAGUUUUUACACUAAACAUUUUAGGUUUGAUGAUAUCUUUCUAGGUUUAAUAGCUAAAAAAGCCGAUAUAUUACCAUUUCAUUGUGAAGAGUUUCACUUUUAUAAAAAAGCUUAUACAAAAUAUAGUUACAAAUAUGUUAUAACAUCUCAUGGAUAUGGAGAUCCAAAUGAACUUUUACAAGUAUGGAAUGAGCAAAAAGCUCUUGGAAAUGCUUGAAAAAAUUUAUAGAUAUCAAAGCAAAAAAUUUCAUAUAGUAUAUUCUUUCAUAUAGUUAUGAUUUUAUCCUGAAAAUAAAACUAUGUUAAACAAUAGUUUUUUCUGUAUAAAAAUAUCUUGAUAUAAUUAUUCAUAUACUUAGCAAGCAGGUAGAAUAUAUAAAAUACUAGUCGUAUAAAAAUAUUCAGUUUAUUGUACAAAAUAUUCCAUAAUUUUAUUUGUAAAAUAGAAUUUAUGCUACAUAAUCAGUCUUUAUAUACAUAUAUAUAUAUAUAGAUAUCCUGUAAUAAAAAAUUAAAAUUAUAAUAUUACACAUUUAUGCAAGGCUUUACAUUAAACAAUACUGCCAAAAUGUAAUAGUACUUAUAAUCGUAAUUAUAUUAUAAUAAAUUA